AUGCAUCGAUUUGUUUUCCAUUGGUCAAAAAUUCAUGAUGGUGCUAACUUUAAGUCUCUAGUAAUCUAUAGAUUUAAGCACGAUUGGCGCAGUUCUGAUAAGAUUGUGCUCCUCACUUCCGAGUGGCAUGCAAAUAUUAACAAAGUGGUUACAUCUUAUGAUCUCAGCGCUGAUGGUACACAGGGAGUAAUUGCGUUGGUAUCGAGAAAGCAGAAUAGGUUAUUAGCUGAGUCGAAAAACGAGGUUAACAAGGCUGAUCGUGAAGGAGCGUUAGGAAAUACACUGGCGUAUAUGUCCAAGUCCUUACAUCCUGCUAAUAUAGCAUCGACAUUGAAAGAAUUAGAAGGUGUGGAGGAACUGGUAGCUGCGUUUUCCGCAAACAAGGAGGAAUACAAUGUUCAAAUGGCGCAGGUCGAAAAUGCUGUCAAGAAGAGGAUGUCUACUAGUAAAUGA